GAGCGAAACAUGGCGACUUCGAACAAUCCGCGGAAAUUCAGCGAGAAAAUCGCUUUACAUAACCAGAAGCAGGCGGAGGAGACGGCGGCGUUUGAAGAAGUGAUGAAGGACCUCAGCAUUACGCGGGCAGCCAGGUUACAGUUGCAGAAGACCAAGUAUUUGCAGCUGGGACAGAACCGUGGGCAGUACUACGGAGGAUCUUUGCCAAACGUCAAUCAGAUUGGAAACAGCACUGUGGAUGUGCCUUUUCAGAAUUCCGGGCUUGACAUGAACAGAUCGACACGACACCACGGCUUGGUGGACAGAGUCUACCGGGAUCGGAGCCGCAUCACAUCGCCCCACCGAAAACCCCUGUCAGUUGACAAGCAUGGACGCCAGAUUGACAGCUGUCCAUAUGGCUCAGUAUAUCUGUCACCACCACCUGAUACCAGUUGGAGGAGGACAAACUCGGACUCGGCACUACAUCAGAGCACACUAACUCCUGCCCAGCAGGCCUCCUUCACUGGAGGAUCACAGGAGCUGCAGCCAAAACGAGUUCUCCUACUCACUGUACCAGGGUCUGAAGCAAUUAAACAGGAGGGUGACGAAGACGGGCAAGAACAGAACUGGGACUGCAAAAAGAAUAUUUCAAGGUCCAAGCCCUGCAAAGUUCCUGGGAUCCACAUAUUCCCGUCUCCGGACCAGCAGCUGACCACUUCACAGAAACCAGCGGCCCACAACACUGGCGGUUCUCUUCCCGACCUGACCAACAUCCAGUUCCCUCCUCCGCUGCCCACCCCGCUCGACUCGGACGAUGCGGCUGCCACCUCGUUCGGCUCCUCGAGCAGCACACAGGCUCUUGGUAACACGCAAGGAGUGAACACAUCUCAGCCCACAGUAACCAUGGAAAUCCAGCCUGGACAGGACAACAUGGUUCCUCUUAUUCUCAACGCAGGAGACUCCCACCAGCACCAGAACCUGCAGCUCUCUCCGACAUCUCCACCCCUCACUCUCUCUCAGGCGGCCAUCAACGCCAUGAACCUUGAGCAGCAGCUGUCCCAGUAUGCCUUCUUCAACCAGCAGCCGUCAUCCCAGACACACCAGAACCAGCAACAGGCAGGUCUGGUCCAGCUGCCGUCCUCUGUGAACUCCUGCUCCACGUCAGACAACCAGACGUCCUCGCAAAGCAACAUGACAAUGGACAUGAACACGGCCUCCUCCCUCCAACAGUACCGCAGUAGGGUCGGAUCCUCUGCCAAUCAGUCUCCGACUUCUCCUGUCUCCAAUCAAGGCUUCUCACCUGGAGGCUCGCCUCAACAUAACUCCAUACUGGGCAGCGUGUUUGCAGACUUCUACGACCAGCAGCUGCCUUCCAUUCAGGCUAGUGCUCUCUCACAGCAGUUGGAGCAGUUCAACAUGAUGGAGACUCCCAUCAGCUCUGACGGCCUGUACAGCCAGACCUCCACCCUCAACUACUCCCAGGCACUCAUGAUGGGUUUGACUGGCCAUUGCAACCUUCAGGGCUCGCAGCAGCUGGGCUACAGUAGCCAUGGCAACAUCCCCAACAUCAUUCUCACAGUGAGCGGAGAGUCUCCUCCCAGUCUGCCCAAGGACCUGACUGGCUCGCUGCCCACAGAUGUCACCUUUGAUGUUGACUCCCAGUUCCCGCUGGACGAUCUGAAAAUUGACCCACUGACGCUAGAUGGCCUGCACAUGCUCAAUGACCCGGACAUGGUCCUUGCUGACCCCGCCACAGAGGACGCAUUUCGCCUUGACCGGCUGUAACUAGCGCCCCACUCGGCCAUGCACAGGUGUGUGAACGCUGCUGCCCGGAGAGGAGGAGAGUCUCUAAAGAAGAGGAGAUAUGUGGAGCCGCUGGUCGAGGAAGAGCAUCAGCUCCACACCAACCAACCCAAUGUAACCCCACGAGAGAGCUUUUAAAUCCUGGUAGGAAAAUGCAUUGAAAUGUGUUUGAAGACUGCUGUCAGCUUCCCUUUCACCUGACGACACUCGGUAUGGUAUUAAUGAUGCUCAUGGUUCUGUCACGACUUUUUGCGAAUGAUACAUCCAGUUUUGAUUUGUUUGAGAUGCUUUGUUUUUAUUUAGGGAAGCUUGAGGAAAACAUCAUGAGGACGGAGACAGCCUGGUGUCUUAUUGUCCAUCAAUGACUGACUAAACUAUGACUGCAGAGCAAACCCUUGACAAAUUACAGAAUACCUACAGUAUCACUCGACUGUUUACAUACACUCAACAAAAAUAUAAAUGCAACACUUUUGUUUUUGCUCCCAUUUUUUAUGAGAUGAACUCAAAAAUCUAAAACUUUUUCCACAUACACAAUA